AUCCGUGAGUUAUUUCGGUAUGCCAGUGUCUCUGACCUUUUACUUCUUUUUACAGGGAUUUUGGGGUCAUUAGCUGUUGGUGUCUUAAAUCCCCUUUUAAUGCUUUUAACAGGCAAAAUGGUUGAUAAUUUUGUGCAGAGUGGGUCAUCGACACUCCCCAAUAUAGUAUCUGUAGAGAUGAAUCAGAAGAUGUUAGACACAAUCAGUUCAACUGCGAAUGACUUAGUGUUGAAAAUGGUAUACUUCUCGAUAGGUAAUAUGGUUGCGGGGUUUUUGCAGACUUUUUGUUUCUUUGUGUUAAGUCAGAGACAGGGCAUAAAGAUACGAACGCUCUAUUUUAAGGCACUUUUAAGACAAGACAUGGAGUGGUAUGACUUCCAUGAGGCCGGAGAGUUAACUGCUCGGAUCUCCUCGGACGUCCAACAAAUCGAGGAUGGCAUGAGUUCAAAGUUCGGGGUGAUCUUCCAAACAAUUGCAGCGUUUAUAACGGGAUAUGCUAUGGGCUUUGCUUUAUGUUGGGAUUUGACAUUAGUCAUCUUGUGUAUGUCACCGUUCACUAUGAUGUCAAUGAUGGGACUUGGAAUGUCCGCUGGGAUAUUUACUAAGAAAAGUAUUCAACCGUUCGGAGAGGCGGGAGCUAUUGCUGAGGAAACAAUCGGAAACAUGAGAACAGUCCAAGCACUUGGUAAAGAGGAGUUUUUCUGUAAGGAAUAUAAUGAGAAAAUUGAGAUCCACGAGAGUUACAAAGUCAAGAAAAGCAUUGGGAUUGGAACAGGACUCGGGUGUAUGAUGUUUUGUAUAAUGGCAUCAAAUGCACUAGGUACUUGGUAUGGUAAUCUUGUCUUAAGAGGUAAAGGUGGGAGUAGUAACAGUACAGCUGGGACUGUCAUGGUCGUUUUUAUGUCAGUGUUACUUGCGACUCAAUCACUCAGUCAAGUCUCCACUCCAAUGAAUAUCUUAGCCACUGCCAAAGCAAGUGCAUUUCGAAUUUAUGAAACGAUAGAUCGAAUUCCGAAUAUAGAUAUUAAGUCGACAUUUGGAGAGGUUCCUCCGACGUGUGAAGGGAACAUUGAAUUUGAAGAUGUUCAAUUUAGUUACCCCACCCGAUUAGCGAAAGUAGUGUUACAUGGUCUUGAUUUAACAAUUCGAAAAGGUGAGACAAUAGCUUUAGUAGGAGCUUCUGGGUGUGGGAAAAGUACAACCAUUCAGCUCAUUCAGCGUAUGUAUGACUUAACUGGUGGAUAUCUUAAAAUAGAUGGUCGUCUCAUCACUACAUUGAACAUCAAAUGGCUUCGCAAUCAGAUUGGCUUAGUCGGGCAAGAGCCGGUCUUAUUUUCUUGUAGCAUUAAAGAGAACAUUUUAUUAGGAGCAAAGGAGGGCGAGACUCCGACUGAUGAUGAUGUCAUUCGAUGUGCCAAGAUGGCGAAUGCCCACGACUUUAUCAUCAAAUUAGUAGAAGGAUAUGACACUUUAGUUGGUGAACGUGGCGCUCAAUUAAGUGGCGGCCAAAAGCAGCGAAUUGCUAUUGCGCGCGCUUUAAUUAGAAAUCCAAAGAUCUUAUUAUUAGAUGAGGCAACUAGUGCAUUGGACACACAAUCAGAAAAGAUCGUUCAAAGUGCUUUAGAAGAAGCUGCAAAGGGAAGAACUACUCUUGUUGUAGCUCAUCGAUUGUCUACUGUAAGAAACGCAGAUAAAAUUUGUGUCUUUCAUCAAGGCGAAAUUAUCGAGAGUGGGACACAUGAGGAAUUAAUGAGUAAGAAAGGGAGUUAUUAUAAUUUAGUGAAGCGGCAGUCGAUGGAAGAUGAGACGGAUCAAGAGACUGUUGAGAAUGAUUUAAAAAAGAUCAAACAAGAUGAGAAUGCCGAGAUUGAGAAGAUGAAUAAUGAGCGGAAUGACGAGAGUGAAGCUUUAUUAGUUCAAUCGAUAUCUCGAGAAUAUCAAGAAGAAAAGAAGCGUCUAAAGACUACCAAUCGCUUUGUUUUAUUCCGUGUUAUUCUGAACAAUUAUCGCCAUGAGUAUAUUUUAAGUAUCUUAGGCUUAAUAGGUGCCAUAGGUGCUGGUGCAGCCUUUCCUUUUUAUUCCUUAAAAUUUGUCGAUAUGUUAUUGAUAUUAAUGCGACUAGAAGUUGGCACCGAUUUGACCAACUCGCAAUCUUCGGGGAUCUUGAAAAACUGUCUUUUGAUCUUAUUAAUUGGGGUGACGACGAUGAUUUCGUUCUUCUUUUAUGUUGGGCUCUUUAUGGCUGCUGGUGAGAAGAUGAUAAGUCGUCUUCGCAAGCGGUUUUAUCGGAGUAUUUUACGACAGAACAUCGGAUGGUUUGAUAGAAAAGAGAAUAUGGUAGGAGCUGUGACCACACGAUUAUCAUCUGAUCCGACAUCAUUAGGUGGGAUAAGUGCGGAACGAGUUGGUGAUUUAUUAGAGAUAUUUGCGACGGUAUGUUUUGGGCUUGGCAUAGCUCUUUAUUUUGAUUGGAAAUUGGCGUUGUGUGUAAUAGCAAAA